GUUGCCGCCGCCGCCGCCGCGCUCUGGUUCACUCGCGCUCCUUCUGCUAAGCCAACCCCAGACAGCCAGCUCCGGAGACUGUAAGCCCUUCUGGGCAGGGGCCAUGUCAGUUCUGUGUUGCCAGCUUGCCACUGGGGCUGGAAAGCAGUAGGAGCUCACUAUGAAUGGUCCCAGGUGCUUUCUGCUUAUCACGUACAACAAAAGUAACAGAUGGUCUUCUUCUUCUUCUACGGACGAAAGCGACGAGGACGAGUACAAUAUGGCGACACUCAAGGACAAACUAAUCACAUCAGUCGCACCACCAUCGACCAAGCCGAACAACAAGGUCACCGUGGUUGGGGUCGGUCAAGUUGGGAUGGCCGCUGCAAUCAGCAUCCUGGAAAAGGGUCUCUGUGAUGAACUUGCUCUGGUUGAUGUUGUAGAAGAUAAACUGAAAGGCGAAAUGAUGGACCUGCAGCAUGGAAGCAUUUUCCUUAACGUCCAUAAGAUUGUAGCAGACAAGGAUUACUCUGUCACUGCUGGUUCAAAGAUUGUCGUGGUAACGGCCGGAGUGCGCCAGCAGGAAGGAGAGAGCCGCCUGGACCUGGUCCAGAGGAAUGUGAAUGUCUUCAAGUUUAUCAUCCCACAGGUGGUGAAGCAUAGUCCAGACUGCAUCAUCCUGGUGGUUUCGAACCCAGUGGAUAUCCUGACCUACGUUACGUGGAAACUGAGUGGCUUGCCUAAACAUCGCGUCAUCGGCAGUGGCUGCAACCUGGAUUCGGCUCGGUUUCGCUUCCUGAUGGCGGAAAGGCUGGGCGUCCAUCCCAGCAGCUGUCAUGGGUGGAUCUUAGGAGAACAUGGAGAUUCCAGCGUGGCGGUUUGGAGUGGUGUGAAUGUGGCGGGAGUUGCCCUCCAGGAGAUCAACCCUCAAAUGGGGACUGACCAAGAUCCUGAGGGCUGGAAACAGGUCCACAAGCAAGUGGUUGACAGUGCCUACGAGGUGAUCAAGCUAAAAGGCUAUACCAACUGGGCCAUUGGCUUAAGUGUGGCUGAUCUGCUGGAGACCAUAUUGAAAAACCUUUGCCGAAUUCAUCCAGUAUCCACCAUGGUGAAGGGGAUGUACGGCAUUGAAAAUGAAGUGUUCCUGAGCUUGCCGUGUGUGCUGGGAUCUGCCGGCUUGACCAGUGUGAUCAACCAAAAGCUGAAGGACAGCGAAGUGGCUCAGCUCCAAAAGAGUGCCAGCACCUUGUGGGAUGUCCAGAAGGACCUCAAAGACCUGUGAGCAGAGGGAGGUUUCUCUCUCCUCACUGACAGACAACCAGCAUCCAAGUCUCGAUCCUGCACUCCUGUGCAAGCCUCUCUCUAGUUCUAACUCCGUAGCUGAGCUUCCAGUAGUCAUCCCGAAACGGUACGAGCUUUCAUCCACCAUGGCUAAAAGGUGGGAUUGGUAUAACAAUGCAGACCUUUCGAACAAAUAAACCAGCUCUUUUGUGUGUGCUCCA